ACCGGAAGUGGCUCUAGUGUCGCUCAGCUUGACUUCCCCGAAGGAGCGAGAGGGAGAGCAGAACAUGUUUGCUCGGCAGACUGACGCGGCGUCGGGCAGACCGAGGACUUGGAGCGGACCCGUUCCUUCGGGGGAGUACGGCUCUGCUUUUUUAUUUUUUAUUUUUAUGGGUUUGUUCGUUGUGGAUUUUUUACAACCGGAGAGUAAAGCCGAAGGUUGUCAUUCAAAUCCGGGGAAGGUUUUUACUCACACUCCGGCAUCACCGGGAAGCCGGAAGGAAAGAAGAAGAAAAAAAGGAGCUGCGGGAUUUUUGUUGUUGCCUGGAAGAAGCUGCGUUCAGCCCGCAAAAGAAACGCCAACAAAGAGCGCGUUCGAGGAAGUCGGCUGCUGCUCCGCGAGGGGACGGGAGGUAGUUAGUCGUAAGUAACCGACAGCAAGUCCUCCGCCAUGGCUCACCACAGACUCCUCCGCGCGGGGCUGACUUUCCUGCUGUCCGUGCUGUUCAUGAACGCGGGGCUCCUGCGCGUCAACGGGCAGUACGGCGGCGGCGGGGACCGGGGCAUGUCGAUACCGGAGCACGGAUUCUGCCAGCCCAUCUCCAUCCCGCUGUGCACGGACAUCGCGUACAACGAGACCAUCAUGCCGAACCUGCUCGGCCACACCAACCAGGAGGACGCCGGGCUGGAGGUGCACCAGUUCUACCCGCUGGUCAAGGUCCAGUGCUCCCCGGAUUUAAAGUUCUUCCUGUGCUCCAUGUACGCGCCCGUGUGCACGGUGCUGGAGCAGGCGCUGCCCCCGUGCCGCUCUCUGUGCGAGCGCGCGCGCCAGGGCUGCGAGGCGCUCAUGAACAAGUUCGGCUUCCAGUGGCCCGACAGCCUCGCGUGCGAGACCUUCCCGGUGCACGGCGCCGGGGAGCUGUGCGUGGGGCAAAACAUGUCGGACCGCGCCGAGCCGGAAGUCCCCAGCGCCGGCGGCCAGGACCCGACCGUGCGCACGGACCACGCGAGCGGCCAGUUCCGGUGCCCGCCGUCGCUCGCCGUGCCCCCCUACCUGAACUACCGCUUCCUCGGCCUGGAGGACUGCGGCGCCCCCUGCGAGCCCAAGAAGUCUCACGGGAUGAUGUACUUCAGCGAGGAGGAGCUGAAAUUCUCCCGCAUCUGGAUCGGCAUCUGGUCGGUGCUGUGCUGCGCGUCCACGCUGUUCACCGUGCUCACCUACCUGGUGGACAUGAAGCGCUUCAGCUACCCGGAGCGGCCCAUCGUCUUCCUCUCCGGCUGCUACACCAUGGUGUCCAUCGCCUACAUCGCGGGGUUCCUGCUCGAGGACAAGGUGGCGUGCAACGACCGCUUCGACAACGACAUGCGGACGGUGGUGCAGGGCACGAAGAAGGAGGGCUGCACCAUCCUCUUCAUGAUGCUGUACUUCUUCAGCAUGGCCAGCUCCAUCUGGUGGGUCAUCCUGGCCCUCACCUGGUUCCUGGCGGCGGGCAUGAAGUGGGGUCACGAGGCCAUCGAGGCCAACUCCCAGUACUUCCACCUGGCGGCGUGGGCGGUGCCCGCCGUCAAGACCAUCACGGUGCUGGCGGUGGGGCAGGUGGACGGCGACGUGCUGAGCGGCGUGUGCUUCGUGGGCAUCAACAGCGUGGACGCGCUGCGGGGCUUCGUGCUGGCGCCGCUCUUCGUCUACCUGUUCGUCGGCACCUCCUUCCUGCUGGCGGGCUUCGUGUCGCUGUUCCGCAUCCGCACCAUCAUGAAGCACGACGGCACCAAGACGGAGAAGCUGGAGAAGCUGAUGGUGCGCAUCGGCAUCUUCAGCGUGCUGUACACGGUGCCGGCCACCAUCGUCAUCGCCUGCAACUUCUACGAGCAGGCCUUCCGGGAGCAGUGGGAGGAGGCGUGGGCGGCGCAGACGUGCAAGGCGUACGCGGUGCCGUGCCCGGCGCAGGGCCGGCCCAACGCGAGCCCCGACUUCACCGUCUUCAUGAUCAAGUACCUCAUGACGCUCAUCGUGGGCAUCACCUCGGGCUUCUGGAUCUGGUCCGGCAAGACGCUCAACUCGUGGCGGAGGUUUUACACGAGACUGGUCAACAGCAAACAGGGCGAGACCACGGUGUGAUGUGUGGUCCGACCCCCCCACACACACACACACACACACACACACACACACACACACUCAGACUGCUCGGUGACAAACUGAAUGAUAAUCCGUAAUGCAUUAUUUUCUUGUGAUUUUUUUUCUUUUUUUAUCGGACUUACUGGAAGAGAGACUCGGUAUGUUUUUUGUUUUUUUAUGUACAUAUACGAUUGUGAGAUUUUUUUUGUAAGUAUAUAUUUGUAUUUAAAGAUUCUUUUUUUUAAUUCUUUCUUCCUUUUUGUUGUUGUAAAAAUACUUUUUUUUUGGUGCUACUUUUGGACAUAAUGGAAUUAUACUCUCACAAAGAGCCAGCUGACCGCGAACGGUCCCAUGACCCGACUCACUGUGGACACCACUGGGAGUAUUUCACAUGGACACGCGGGGGGGGGGGGUCUUUGAUCAGAGUCCCGUGAAACCUGAGUGCUUCCUCGCGCCCCCCCCCCUCCCUCCCCACACACCUCCUCCCGUUAUCCCGAUUAACCCGCUUGCAGCUCGUGCCGGUAGGUCGAAGGUUGUGAGUGCGAGUCGUCGUGACGGAUGCUUGUGGUCUGUGGACUGCCCCCCCCCCCCCACACACACACACACACCCACGCCAGGUAAAAGGACCACGCCGAGGAUUUGUCAUGUUUUUCUAUUUCCGAAUUUGUGUGUAUUUUUUUUUUUAGAACACCUCCUAUCAGACAAAUAUUGCUUUAAUUCUGUUUAUCUUGACAAGUUGUCUGUUGGUAAAUCUCCUCACAGACACUUUCAAAUUGGGCCACACUGCUUUUAAUGGACAGUUCUCCCCGAAAAAUGGAGGAAAAAAAAUGCAUAUUUCAACAGCUGUAGAGAUGUCACCGAUUUAUAAAAUGGUCAAUAUCUCCAAUCCAGAAAGAUACAUGUCGCUUCAGUUAAGAGGUGAAAUGUGUUUAUUUUGAUUUGGAGGAAAGAACUGCCUCUUUAAAAAAAAAAAAAAAAAUUACGUGAAAGCCGGCUCGUUAUCGUUGCAUAACGCAGAUUUAAGCGUAGAUCGUUUCCCAGCACGACACACCUAAAGCAAAGCAGGGCGAAGAUAAACUGGCCCCUCCCACAAACGGGGCGCGAGGACACAUGUGAAGGUGGGUGUGUGUGGGGGGGACAUGUUAACCUGUUCCAGCGCCGGACACCCUUUUGGACUCAGCUGUUUAUUUUAGCCACGCAACAAUAAGCAAUAAGAAGGUUUUUGACGUUUGAAAGAAACCAACCGGACACCGUGGAUUGUUGUUUAAAGUUGAGUAAUUCUGUCAGUUCUCUGACAUUUUUGUCAGAAGAAAGUAGUUAAUAAUCUUCAUAUACAAGUGUCGGUGAGAAAUAUUUGCUCCAGCCUUCACAACGUUUCACCAUUUUUUUAAGAACACGAUUCAGAACUAGUUGUUUUCGACUUUUAAUGCCAGCAAAAGCGACAAUUCCCACAGGAUUUGAAUGCAGCCUCGGGGUCGAGGUGGUCCUGGUUUUCAGGUUGAUUUCAGGAUGUUGCCAGUGAACUCACCCGCAUGUGUUUCUAUCCUGGUUAUCCUUUUUUAAUUUUUGUUUUAUAAAAACCCAUCUGAUGGCACACGGGGUCCUAAAUCUCUACACGCCCCCCCACCCCAGCGGUCGGGCGAGCGAUCAUGCACAUAUCCUAAAUGUUUGUAACAAAGCCUAUUUUUUAUCAUUUUUGUAUUCACCUGUACGGGCAAAUUUUUAACGACAAUGUUUUAACUCUUCUUUUUUUUUUUUUUAAACCUGGAGCUUUGAAUGUGUCAGUUAUUGAUGUGGAGAGAAGACUUGGAAGGGGGUGGGGGGGGGGGGGGCGGUGGCGGUGAUCGGUGGGUCUUCCACCGCGGGAGGAAGGAGGCGCCGCAUCAGGACCCCGUGUUCACGUCAGAAGCUCCUCCUCCUCUUCCUCGCCGCCGCCGCGCUUCCUGUUCAUAAUAAUCCUUUUCUUUCGUUGUGCCGACGGCUCCAGGACAGUCUCAACUUUUGAAGUCAUUUCCUUUUUUUUUGUUGCAUUUGCUAUGAAGAGAACCUUUUUAUAUUUAUAGAAAAAAAAAUCUUAUAUAUACAAACUACAUUGAUUGCUUUAUGAGAAUAAAGAAAACGUCUCACCAUUGCAACUGUC